AUGUCGACCGCUGAAAGAAGAUCCUACGCCGAAAUCGUGGAGAAGUACAUAUGCGUACAAGUUUACUCCCCUCGAGUGGAUGUUCGCAUCCCGCGCACAGAUGCUCAAGACUGGGUGGACAAGAAUCCCGAACCCGAGAUCGAUCGCUACGGAGAUCUGGAAAGCAAGCUCGUGAUUGUAAAAUACGCCAAAGGGGGCCACAACGCACGGGAACUUCGAACGAAGGCCGAAAUGGCAAACGAAGUAAAUUGCCUCCGCAUCAUCGGCAAGGAGGAUGGAACCGGAGGUCGAUUUCCCAUUAUCCUGGAUGCCGGCCACAUGAUAAACACGGACAGAGGACAAAUCUGCAUGUGGUUUGCCGCGUCCCACUUCAAACCCAAUCUCACCCUCAAGGACUUGAAGACCUAUUACCCUUCGAAGACACGGAAGUCCAUUCCUAUCGAGUUCGUCGCGCACCUUUACCUUGAGCUGCGUUCUAUCGACGACUUCCUCGCGAAUACUUGCGGGAUCACGGCAGUCAACAUACAUGAGGAGAACAUCCUUGUCUGUCCUUUCCCCAAAUACAAGUACGAUGUCUUGCCCCGCAUACGUCUGAUUAAUUUCGGCGAGGCAAAGAUCCACGGUCAACAAGAAGGACGAACGAGCUGUUUGAAAGAGAUUUGCACAGAAGUGUUCGGGCUACUAGGCCUCGAAUAUGAAGAUGCCGAUGCCAAGGACUAUUUUCCGGACUACGAUGACUUCAAAGCCGAGUUGGAGAGGGUAACGCACAGCCCCUCGAACCCCGACGACACUUGCGAACUAUGGUCACAGUUUGACGAGGCCGCACGUCGGUGCCUCGAUGAUCGUAAAGAGGAAACGGUCCUUGACAUUCACAACGAAACAACGGAAGCAGCUAUAAAUCAGAAAAGAUAUGUGCUAUACUGGGACAUUGGAGCGGCGAUUGAGAACUUCCGGAGUGGUAAUUGCCCCACUGAGCUUGAUUCCGACGUGGAGGACUAA